AUGGCGAGGUCUAGAACCGCUGCAAAACCCUCCGCACCUACGGAUACCGAACCGGAAAGUCCCUAUAACCUCGAAGUCAUCUCAAUCGGUUCACUCUACAAUGGACCAUGGGGCAAAAAGUAUUGGAGCAGUUCUAGGGGAAAAGAUCGAUAUCCAUAUCCAGUUGGUUACCAAGUUGUUAGAGCUCAUAAUGGAACCACUAUUAACAUGGAAAUUCUCGAGGGCGUUAAUGGGCCUAAGUUUUUGAUUUCUUCUGAUGAUGGGAAUUCAGUUUCUGGGAAAACUCCACACUUUGCAUGGGUGGAAUUUCAGAAGAAAUGUCGCACUCGCAUGAAGAUUUUGCAUCGGAACAGACUUUCGUCUAAAAUGGAUGCCUUAGAGCUUUUUGGGUUCAAAAACCAGAUUAUUCUGAGGCUGCUUCGCCGACUAGUGGCAGAUGUACAUGGAAUAGCUGAACGAAGCCCAGUAUCCCAAAAUGGGCUGCCAUUGAAUCAUAAUGACCUCUCUGGCAACAAGAUAGGGAGAGUUGUACCUCUGGAGAGACAGACAGGGUUUCUCUACUCUGCAAGUUGCAAAACUACAGAAAUAACUGAAAACUUGUCAACAGAAAAACCUCUUCAUAAGUCACAUGACCAGGAGAUGAAAAUGUCAAGUUUGCUGGUGACAGCAGAUGAUGAUAAAGUGAUGCAGUCACGUUCUAGAGAGUCUCAGGGCUGUAUUGGCAUUGAUCUUUGCGCUCCUGAUACACAAGAUUUGCAAGAAAAUAUCCCUGAUUAUGUUCCAAGUAAUCUUGAUAAGAAUAGUGACAGUGAGCCAACAUGUGAGGCCAUCUCUGAAGAUUUGUUAAAUUCAAAACAUGAGGAAGUCCUAAAAUCUGAUUCAAAUAUAAGCCUGGAGAAAGAUUAUUUUAAUUCAGCUGGCAAGGAUGUGGCAAACUCAAUGAUGUCACUUCUGCUUCCUCAAGCAGUUCCCUUACUAAUGAAUAACUCAACAGAUGAGAAGUUCACACUUAUCCCUUCAGAUAUACUGCCUUCUAAAGAAGAACAAAAUGAAGUUGGAUGUGUUUUGGAUGUGCCAUCAUCUGAUAAAAUGGUAACAGAGGAUGCAUAUGAGGAACAAAAUGGAAAGAUACAUAAGCCAGAUGCUCACCCACAUUCAAAUUCUUCUAAAACUGAUCACAUGAAGUCUAUUGUCCUUGAUAGUUUUGAGUAUAGUCAAUGCGAGGAUCUCAAAAACUCAGAAGUCUUAUCUUUUGAUAUUACGGAAGUUGGUAGGUCUAGUUUCAGUAAAGAAAUGUGUUGUGUGAAAAGUCAAGAACAGCUUUAUGGUGAUUUGCCGAAAGGACCAUCCACAUGCAGUGCUUCAGAGGUGGACUUUAAAAAUAGGCCUCAUGAUUAUGAUUUAUGUAUUCCUGAUUCUGUUCUGGAUGACAUGUCUCCUCCUGAUGUACGUGUUUCUGAUUCUGUUCUGGAUGACAUGUCUUCUCCCAAUGUAUGUGUUCCUGAUUCUGAUCUGGAUGACAUGUCUCCUCCUGAUGUAUAUGUUCCUGAUUCUGUUCUGGAUGACAUGUCUCCUCCCAACGUAUGUAUUCCUGAUUCUGAUCCGGACGAGUCUCCGGCACAUGUUAUUUUCAAAUCAGUGCAAAGUGACCUUCCAGUUGCUCAGGAUUUUACCGGAGGUAUUAGUAAUGCAUUCUCACUUGUUAAAUCAAAGAUUUGUCAUUUAAAAAGCAUGGAAACUAUUGCAGAAAGGACGCAAGAUGAAGCUGUUGGUAAAAUAGGCAAUGCUAAAACAUUGGCGAUAUCUUCUUCUCAGUCACCAAAUUUUGUAUACACCAGAAGAAAGAGGCAAAAUUCUGUUACCCUUCAAAGAAAUUGUUCCGCUGUGGAGAGUACAGAAUGUGACAAGACUGAACUAGUUACUCCUCAAAUGCAUACUGCCUGCGACAGUGUCCCUCCAUCAAAAACCAUUCAAACAAAAAAUGAUAAACUAUGCAAUCCAGAUGAUUAUGCAGGUUUAAUAUUAGAAAAACCUGAAGUUCAUAGUGAUGUUCCAGAUGUGCAAAACAACCUAGCAAAAUUAAACCUUUCAUCUCAAAAUCCAAACCCAUUUUCCCGUGAAAAUAAGUGCUCUGGUGGCAAGGAGGCUCAAUUUAUUUCAGAACCAAUGGUCCAAAGAAAUCAGGAACUCAAGAAUAAUCUGAACGGCAAAGUAAAAUUUGUGGGGCGCUACAUGCACCCAAUGCCUGUUUCAUCAUUACUUUUAAAAACAGUUGAAGAUGAAAUCCACAUUUGUGUUUUAUGCGGCCUUCUGACAGAUCAGCACAGAACUCUGUUUACCUACAAGGUAGCUAUCAAGGAACCAAAUUUUGGUUGCCCCUCUGUCAUGGCUCACACCUCGAUAAUGUUGCCAGAUCCAUAUAACUUCAUGAGAGAAACUAUUGUGGAAAGGACUGGGGUGGAGUUGACUCCUGAUGGACAGUUUAUUGUCUUAAUAGGCAGCAUAAAAACCCCCAAUUGCAGGGAAAGACAAAUUGAUUGUUGUUGCUCAACGUGCACUUCAUUCAGCUCGAAGAAUGGUUUGAAGAUUGUUCAUGUAGAAAGUGGUUAUGCAUCAGUUGUGGCAACACUGGAAGCUGUUGAAGACUUGCAUUGUAUUUUGGUUUGUGAACCUAACCGACUUGUUUCUGUUGGAGGGAGUGGGAGUAUACAAGUGUGGGUCAUGAAUUCAACAUGGAGUGAAAAGAUAGAGCACUUCAUCAUUCCGUCUGUUGGUUCCAUGUCCCCUGGCAUUGUGGAAUUGAAGAGGGUCCCCAAGUGUGCUCAUUUGGUUGUAGGUCGAAACGUUUAUGGGGAUUUUAGUUUAUGGGAUAUUACAAAACUCAAUUGUGUUUCAAGCUUCUCUGCUUCAAAAUAUCCAAUUAAUGAGUUCUUUCCAAUAAGCUUGUUCCAUCUGCAAACAAAAGGCUUGGGAUUGAGCUAUGCUAGCACAGAGGAGAAGGCUGAAAAACUUUUAGAAGCAUCCAAUUUCUGGCACUCGAAACAAAGAGAGACCUGUGUGUAUCUACCAACCAAAGAUAUUGCUAUGUGGCUUCUUGUCUCGACUCCCUCGGACUUUGAUUGUUGCCAGGAUCAUGUUUCAACUUCAAUUCAUCAUGAUGUACAUACAGCUAGAAGUUGGAGGCUUGCUCUUUUGAUGGAAAAUAGCAUUGUUUUCGGAAGUCCCUUGGAUUCUAGGACAACUGCUGUUGGUGUCUCUGGUGGUUAUGGAAUCAUCAGCACAAGUGAUGGUGUGAUAUAUAUGUGGGAUUUGUCUAGAGGGUCCAAGCUUGAUACACUGCACCAUUUCCAGGAUGACAGUAUCACAAGUAUUGUUACGGAUGAUUGUAAUUCAAAUUCAACAAGUGUUAUGGGUGUCGCUGGGGGAGGAGGCCAACUGCUGCUUUAUUUACAUCUUCGUGAUCGGGACUCAAAUGAGUAG